AUGUUGGGCAGUCAGCACAGUUGGCUCAAGGAUAUGUGAUGUGUUCUACAGGACAUUUAGUGAAGUAUAUAGCCAUCAAGUAAGGCUAGAUAUGCUUACUUUGAUACGUAUUUUGCUGCCUCAGAGACCUCCCAUGCUGAAGCUCUAGGCUCCACUGUACUGUUCUUCCAAUUAGCUUCCAUCUGAGCUUUGUUUGCAGCAUGACCUACAUGGGUCAUGGACCACCCAGUUGUGACCACCAUAUCGUCAACUUGAACAUCCCUAACCUCCAACCUGGAGAAGUGGCUCUGCAUUUCUUCAAUGGUGGGCGAUGGCGACGCUGAAGAAGGAGACAACUGAGACCUCCCCUUGGGGGAAGAGGACACGCUACCCUGUGGACUCAUUUGUGUGGCCACAUCCUUCCUCUGGGUCUCAGGAGAAAACACACCAGCCGCAUCCUUUUCCCCCUCAAGAUCAUCAUCUGCCAGAGGGUGAGCAAUUACAGUUCAUACUAAAAAUGGCAUCGCUGUUGAUCCGACUUGAAUUCAUACAGAGAUCUUCAUACAUUACUCAUACAAUAAAUCAAGCUUUUUUACAUGCAUCCCCCAGCUGUAGUUGUAAUCUAUGAGUGAAAAUGAAAAGCUGGAGCACAAGAAAAGGGAUCAUAUGCAAAGGUUACAAGUCAUAGUUUUUUGAUGUUUUAAGAAUGAAUAAUUUCCACAAAUGGAACAUUAAUGAGAAAAAUAAAGGUUUUUGAUAAUGUUAGAUAAUGGGGUCACAGGAUCCCAAAGGGAACAUUAAUGAGAAAAAUCGUGCUAGAACAAUGCUAGAAACGAAUUACUGAUGCCAGCUUCACUGCCUGUAUUGCUGGCAGAAGAGAGAGAAACUCAGCUCUUUUCCACUCUGAAUUCAGAUCAUUCAGACCAUGGACACUUCCUUACAGCCAUCGAAAUGCGUCCACUCCCCCAAGAAUCUCACUCUAG